GGAUAAUACGAUGUACCAGAUUGUUCCAUGGUCAUCCACUGGGCUCCAUAAGUCACAUAAAACAAGGAGAAGAUCAGUGUGUGCGAGUUUCGUUUUACGAUUCUAUAUACUAAUCAGCGUAUGAACGUUAUUUUUUCAGAUUUUUACGAGAGCUUCCGUCCCCCAGACAAUCCCGCGGUCUACGAGCGAAAAGCUCAUGUUACCCCGACGAAGAUUGCCAGAGUUAGAACGAAUGCGAGGAAUUCUAGCAACGAUGAAGAUCAGGCUCUCCAGUGUUCCGCCUGCGGAAAGAGGUACUCGCUAAAGCACAACUUGGCAAGACACGUACGUUUUGAAUGCGGCGGUCAACGAAGAUUCUCCUGUCACCUGUGUCCGAACAAAUACACGCAAAACGUCAGUCUGCGUAGGCAUCUGACGCAUCAUCACAACGUUGUGAUGCCAGUGAAGAAGAGAUACAAUAACCCGAGGAAGAUGUACGAUCAAAUCAUCUAUCAAUAAGA